AUGUCUUCGCUGCCGAUCCGAGUUUCUAAAAAUGAUGGGGAGAAGCUCAUGGGGAGAACAGUUGACAUCGCUGUCGGGCCUCAAGGCGAGAUCUCCAGCGUUCAUGAGAAACUGAUUCGUAAAUCAUCCCCUUUCUUCGACAAGGCCUUAUCGGGUGCGUGGCAAGAGUCCCGUGAACGCACUGUUCGGCUGCCCGAAGAUGAACCAGAAAUAUUCGCCAUUUACGUUCACUGGCUCUAUUACGGCACGGUGCCCGUGGUCUGUGAUGAGACAGUUGAAAUGAAAGGUGUCGAAUAUCUUAAUCUUGCCAAGGCUUAUACACUUGGAGAUAAGCUCAUGGAUGUUGGAUUUCAAGACGCUACGAUAGACGCCAUUGUCGAUGCAAGUCAAGUAGGUCUUGCGGAUGGGAGCUUGUGGUAUCCUGGUAUGCAGAUAGUCCAGUAUGUAUAUCACAAUACGAAGGAGUCGGCUUCCAUUCGUACAAUGCUUGUCGAUAUGUUUUUGAUGGCUGGGACUGGUACAUGGCUUCGGGAAACCAAAGACCGCUCCACUGUCCCACAACCUUUUCUCUUUGAGCUUGCUGCGGAGUUGUUGGACCUUAGAGGCGGUAUUCGGUCGACAAUUGAGCCUUCUAAGUAUCAUAUCCACGGCUCAAACGAUGCCCUGAAAGAGGAAUCCACCGAGAAGGAAGGACCCUAA